AAAGACUUAGAUGUGUUAGUGAUGGUGAAGAUCUUCACUGCUGCUGUAAUCUCUGUAAAGUACUAUCUGAGGGUUCAGUUUCCAUUGGUGUAGCUCCACUGUGUCAUUUUACUCCUGAUUGGAAAUGCUGGCAAUUUAAGUAUUAUUUUUUUUACUGAAUGAAGAUACAAGCAUCAGCAAAGAAUCCAAAAAAAGAUGGCCGAUAACCUAGACCAAUUCAUCGAUGAUCAAAAAGUGAAAUUAGCACAAGACAAAGCAAAACUUGAAAAUGAUCCUCCUUACAUGGAAAUGCGAAACAAAAGUGCAGAGAAGCUUACAGAAACCAGCAGAAUGUUAAUAUCCAUGGCUAAAGAAAAUAUACCACCUAACAAUCAAGAGACUGAUGCAUUCGAAUAUGGCCUAAGCUUGCCUCUUGGGGAAGAAUAUGAGCACAAGAAACACAAGCUGAAGGAAGAGCUUCGACAAGACUACAGAAGUUACCUUUCUCAGGGUAUUUCACAGGCGAGAAAGAAGAAAAAAUAUCUUUCAUCUGGUGAAGUUGACCCAUAUACUCAGGGACUGUCUCUUCCUAUUGGUGACAGGCAGUCGGCCAAGGACAGGUUAAGACUUGAAAGAAAUAAGGAAUACAAUCAGUAUCUCAGGGAACAGGCAGAAUGGAAUGAAAAGUUAAGAAGUCUGGGGAAGAAGUACACAGAGUAUGAGACGGACACGCACAAAAAAGGCAUUGCUGUUUCCAAAAGCCAGCCAAAAUUAUAUAUCCAGACAUUGUCCCCGAGAAAGGAUGAAGAUUUCUUCAGGAAAGAUGCUUCUACUUCUACGGAGGCCUAUGAAGGGCUGCCAAAUAGACAAUCAUUAGAGCAGCAUCACAAAUCAGAUAAUGAAAGCGGACGUGGGGACAGCACAUUGCACAAAAAAAUUGAUGAAGAACCAAACAUUUCCAAUAGAAAGCACCAAAGGCUGGACAGUAAACCUGGUAUUUCUAUUAGAAGAUAUCACAAGUUCGAUGGGGAUCAUGAUUCUGAAGUAGAUGAUAAAAUGGAUCCUAGGUUUCGAUAUGAAAGUGACUAUGACAAAAAGCCAUUACGGGUCUUCCAUCCUCAAAGAAACCAAGCCAGUUCUGCUAACGAGAGGACACAGUCUACUGCUAGGGAUGUUCCAUUUGCAACAGGGCUUUUCAUUGGAGGUCAAGACAAAGAACUUCUUCAGAGAAGAAAAGAACAGUAUAGACAAGAACUAAUGGAACAAAUGGCUGAGCAGCAGAAAAAUAAGCGACGUGAAAAGGAGUUUCAGCUCCCAGUAGCUGCAACUGGAGCUCUAGAUCCAGAGAAGAAGCUAAGUGAAGAAAAGCCUGACAGACUGAGAGAGCUGGGAUUAGUACUACGUAUCUCUGAGGAAAAGUCACCACCAGAAAGACCCAGACCAGCCUUUCAAACUCCUUCACCUGGACCAACUUCCAUAUCCGCUCCUCCUGUUUUACCAAUAAAUGAAGAUUUUCACAGAGGAUUAUCCAGUUCUCUUGGAGAAAUGUUGGCACCCAGAAUUGCACCUCUGCUGCCUCCACCCCCCCCACCGACAUUGACAGCUGACUAUAAGACUCCAUAUGAUGAUGUAUACUAUUUUUAUGGUGCUAGGAAUCCUUUGGAUCCCAGUCUUGCAAAUCCUGGCACGGGCAUGAUGGGGUUCCAGCCUUCAUCGGCACCUAUUCCCGAUACUAGUCAAAGGCCUGAUGCGGGAUCUGUAAGUGGAGCAAAAAUCACAAAUGACAAACAGAGAGGACUGGGAAUAUUUUCUGAAGAAAAGCCAAAGUCCUCAAGACAGGCUACUUUAGCUUAUCAACAAGAAUUGCAAAAGCAGAUAAAGGAAAGAGAAGAACGUCGUAGGCAAGAGAAGGAGGAAAAGGAACGGUAUGAAGCCAAAUUAGAAGCUGAAAUGAGACAUUACAAUCCAUGGGGAAGAGAAGGUGGUGGUGCUCCUCUCAGAGAUAAAAAGGGAAAUCUCAUAACUGACUUGAAAAUGAUGCACAAGCAAAAUGAAGAUGCAUAUCAUAACCCAGAGGCACGAGUAGAUGAAGAUAAAAGGGCCAUAGUAUCUGUUGAUCCAAGUUUGGCCUCCCCAAGACUUGAGAAUACAGAUGAAUCUACAAAUAAAAUAGCAGGUUUUACCUAUACACAAACAUCCCCCUAUGCUCGUGGUAAUGUUUUUGGGGAGCAGCCAACACCAGAGCAGCUUAAGCGGCAAGAAUCAUACAAGAACUUCCUUCGUUUUCAGAUUGAAGAGAAAAAAAAGAGAGAAGAGGCAGACCGUGAAAGACAAAGACUUGAAGAUGAAAGAGAAGAAAAAAUACUUGCCGAACAAAGGGCUAGGAUACAAAGAGAAUAUGAAGAGGAGCAGGAGAAGAAGAGACGGAAAGAGGAGGAGCAAAGAUUAAAAAAUGAAGAACUAUAUCGAUUAGCUGAAGAAAGGAAGAAAGAAGCAGAAAAAAAGAAACAGGAAGAAGAAGAGAGGCAGAAUAAACAGCUUAUGCAGCUUAGUGAAAGAGACAAGCCGAUAAGGAUGGAAGGAGAAAAGGUUUUGGACAGACAGUUUUCUCCUGCCAUUCUGAACAGGGGUUUGGUAAAAGAAGAAAAGGCUUUUUUGGUAGAGAGCCGUAUGUCUUACUAUACGCAGGAUGAUCCACAGUCCAGAGUUCCAUCUCCUCCGGUACCAGCUAGAAGAAACCAGUUACGUGCUUAUGAAGAAAAUAAGAAUGUAGUAAAUGGGCUGACAGAGAUGAGGAAACGGCUGCGCAGUGAACAGCGGAGACUUCAGGAGCAGUUGUUAAAAGUACAUGGAGAUGAUGAUGACCUGCUAGGAAAAGGGAGGAAACAUAGUAUGGAUGUAUUUGAGAUGGCCAGACUUCAAAUGCAAGCUCCUGUCAGGCGACCUUCAUCGAAGGACGUUACUGAUCCUGUCAAUCUUCAAAACAUCCGUGACUUUAAUGAACUUAAAUAUAAAGAUUCAGAAACACGACUAGAGACAAAAUAUAUGUUUCCUGAUCCACCUACUAAUGAUGAUACUUUGGACAUUCAGCAGCAGGCAUUGCUAAGAGAACAGCAAAAGAAACUUAAAAAAAUGAGGAAGAAUGCAGAGGCAGUCCUAGAUUUUGAUGAUCCCAUGCCUGGCCCUAAAUUGAGAGAUAGGGGGAUGGACAGAGAUGAUUCCAAUGAAUUUAUGAAAAAUUCACUAUUGGAGUCUGAGAGUGCAUUUAUUGCUACUGAUGGUGAAGCUUUUCCUACUUUAGACAUACCUCACUUUUCUGUGACUUUCACUCCACCACCGCCUCUGUCUGCAAGGGAAAGGAGGCGAGAGAAGAAUAAGGAUGAUGUACCUCUUAGGCUGACUUCGCCACUCCAACUUGACAACAUGUCUCUGCGCUCAGGCUCUAGCCUCAGUAUAGAUCAGGUGAAAGCCAAAAAUGAAGAGCGCUUGCAGAGACUGAAUGAACUACAGAAGAAGGCUAUUCACAAAGGUGAAGAUGUUUCUCUGGGGAAUGCUGAUGACAUCCUGAAGCAGUUGCCAUCCAAAGAUGGUGGAAGACCUAACUCAGUUGACACAGUCGCAACUGAGCCAUGGCUGAGACCUGGGACAUCAGAAACCCUUAAAAGAUUUAUGGCUGGGCAGUCAAGUCAGGCUAAACUUUCUUCUGAGAACACCCCCUUCGAUUGGCAAGGUCUGUCCACGGCACAUGGCUGAAUAAAUGUGCAAUGAAACCAGUUGUGCCUUUCAAAGAACUUUUAUCCACUACUGCACUUUUAAGUUUUCAAAUGUAAUACCGUGGGUUGGAUCUGUUCUGCAAGUAGAAGUGCUUUACUUUGGCAGAGUGUCUUUGUUAGCAUAAUGGAUCAGGGGAUCCAACCCCAUGUACAGAAACUGAGAUGUAAUUUAUCAAAAGGCAAGCAAGCUUGUAAGCUGUGACAAUUGCUGCAAUCUUCUGUGUUAUGAUAAACAAUCCAUAUAUUGCUUAUAAGAUCUGUUCUUGGAAGUGAAGCCUUCUGAACUAGGUCAGCUGGAAAACUUCAGGGUAGAAUGAGGCACACAGAAAUCCUCAUGUGCUGGCACAAAGGCAAGGUUUUCAGGUUGCCUUUUUGGUACCACUUUUGUUUGGGAAAAAAUACCUCAUGACAUGUACUAAUAGUGAAGCAUUCCCUCUGUUUAAUAGUGUGGAGUAUUGUAGCCUGGGAUUUCUCAAGCAUAUAACAGACAUUUGCCUACAGAGAUUAAAACUGUUCACAGUGCUUCUUCAUUAUUUAUUUCGAAAUUGUCUAUCCAGUCAUUUGUUCUAAAAUACUAAUUCUGUUCUUUUCAGUGUGGGUCUGUGUGUUAAUACAAGCCUUGUAUUGGUAGCAUCAAAUGUAUAACUUACGGUUAUGAUUUUAAGAUAAAAAAAUAAAUUCUAUUUUAUUACCUA